AGGACACACCCACCCAUCUUUGUAAUAAAGCUUUUCUUCGAACUUCGCGCAGUCAGUCAGUCGUUGCCCACUGCAAGUUCACGGACUGAGACCAUGACUGAGGAAACAGCCACAGGCGCUCCUGCUGGAGUCUCGGAGCCAGAUAAAGGGGCACCUGAGGAAGGGGUUCAGCCUAGGGGGAAAUGGGCCAACAACAUGGAGUUUAUAUUCUCCAUGGCUGGAGAAAUCAUUGGCCUCGGGAAUGUUUGGCGUUUCCCAUAUCUGUGCUACAGCAAUGGAGGAGGUGUCUUCCUCAUCCCCUACUUUGUGUUCCUCUUCUUCUGUGGCAUCCCUGUGUUCUUCCUGGAGACGGCAUUGGGACAAUACACCAGUGAGGGCGGGGUGACCGCCUGGAGGAAGAUAUGUCCCAUGUCCGAGGGGUUGGGGAUUGCGUCCCAAGUUAUUGUGGUCUAUCUGAACAUCUAUUAUAUCGUGGUGUUGGCCUGGGCUAUCUUCUACCUGUAUCAGUCCUUCAAAAGCCCGUUGCCCUGGUCCACAUGUGACAACUGGUGGAACACUGAGGCAUGUCACAGUCGCUCUAGUGUCUUUUCCAACCCCCAUUUGUUUAAAAAUGGCUCCAACUGGUCGUUUCUGUACAACGUCACCUCACCACCUGACGACUUUGAGAAUUUCAAUUACACGAGUGAAAUGGACCAUUUGCUGAAGGGCAGGUCACCGGAAGAGGAGUUCUGGAUUAACCGUGUGUUAAGGAUGUCAGAUGACAUGUCCCUGGGUAAGAUAAACUGGGACCUGGCUCUGUGUCUCCUGCUUGCCUGGAUAAUAUGCUACUUCUGCAUCUUUAAGGGAAUCAAAUCGUCAGGAAAGGUAGUUUACUUCACUGCUACAUUCCCCUACCUGAUGCUGUUGAUCCUUUUCAUCCGUGGAGUGACACUCCCAGGAGCUGGCGAGGGACUGAGAUAUUACCUCACUCCUGACUUCAGCAGGAUCACUGAUCCACAUAUAUGGCGUGAUGCAGGGACUCAAGUGUUCUUCUCCUUCGCCGUGUGUCAGGGAGUACUGACCGCUCUGGGCAGCUACAACAAAUACAACAACAACUGCUACAGGGAUUGCUUGGCACUAUGUUGCCUGAACAGUGCCACCAGUAUCUUUGCUGGUUUUGCUGUGUUCUCAGUGCUGGGAUUCAUGGCUCACGACAUGGGCGUACCGAUGAGUGAAGUUGUUUCUAGUGGUCCUGGUCUGGUCUUUAUAGUUUAUCCAAGGGCUCUGUCGUUGCUGCCUGCAUCAUCGUUCUGGGCUGUGCUCUUCUUCCUCAUGGUCCUCUUCCUGGGCCUGGACACUCAGUUUGUGUGCGUGGAGAGCCUGGCCACAGCCAUCACAGACAUGUUCCCACGUCAGCUGAGAAGGACGGGCAGCAGAGAGGUCCUGGCUCUGGUCAUUGCUGCUUCCUGUUUUCUACUGGGGCUGCCCCUCAUCUCUGAGGGAGGGAUAGUCCUCUUCCGGCUGAUUGACCACUACGGUCCCAGUGGAACCACUAUCCUCAUUAUUGCCUGUUUUGAGACCACUGUCAUUGCCUGGGUGUAUGGUGUGGACCGUUUCUAUGACAACAUUAAGGACAUGAUCGGGUACCUACCAUUCCCCGUGCUGAAGUACUGCUGGCUGUUCAUCACGCCGCUCAUCUGUGGGGUCACAAUGGUGUAUGACCUAACACAAUCACACAGUCUCACUGUGUACAGUUAUAAACCCGGCAUCUGGGGUGACGUAUUUGGAGCGCUACUUAUCAUCACUCCACUGAUGUGCAUCCCAGUAUUCUUUUUUAUCUCAAUGUAUAAGAAUGACCAAAAAAUGACUACACCAUCCAGUGAUCUGCGUCAGGCUCAACCACACAAGCCAAUUCUCACACUGUGUAACCACGUCAUCUUCAAGGCACAGGUGAAGCCAAACAGGCAUGUGGAGGAAAACGACAAGAUGGUGAUGGGGGAACUCAGCAUGGUUUGAUGGUCACUGGUGAACAGACCUGCAGCAAAUUAGUGCAUAGAUGUCAUCAAUUUAAUUGUACAAAUUUGUCACAACAAAAAAAUUUAAACAUAUAUUUUUUUCAUCAAAUGCAAAAUUGUAUAAAAGUUUACACGUUUCAUGAGUAUUCAGGGACAGUUGUGUUUUUUUAUGUUGUGUUUAAUUUUUUGGUACAUUAGUGUUUACAUCAUUUUUAGAAUUAAUAAUAAUGCAAUAUACUUUUUUCUAUACACCUAUAAUCCUAUCUACUGUAAGGGGCUUACAAAAGUACUUCACUGAUUAAGCAUUUCACUGUAAUAUACUGUAAUACUGUGGGACUCUGAGUGGACAGAACCAGAAAUACUCAUCUUUUUUUUUAUUCCAAGCAUUGUCUUAAUCCUCGUAAAAACCUGGCACCUACAUUGCCCACAAUGCAACCUGAAUGCUGACAGUUUUGUCAAAAAUGUCAGUGUGUUAUGCUAGUUAACGGCUAAUGUAGCCUUGAGCUGCUAGCCUUAAAGCAAGAUGAGGAUCUGACUACAGAGGUCUAGUUAGCUCACUCUUUCUUUCAGAUUAUUUUCAUUUUCAAAGCUGUAGUUAUCAGACCCAACCGACGCUGCCUCAGGUGACAUCACUUGAGGCAAUUUCAUUGCAAUUCAUGCAGCUCCUUCUGGUGCCACCAAAGACAAUAAUGCUACACAUGCAGUAGUACUCACAAAGACCUGUAAACAAACUUUGAUGUAUAAAAAAAGGUGUAUUUUCCCUUUAAAACAUUCAUCUGGAACAUUUGAGUUAUUGCAUGUUUUACAUGCAAUUGUAAAUUGUAGUAGCUGUUUUUCAUGAAAUGCAUAAUGCAGACAAAACUUGAAUGCUGCAAUAUCCAUCCUAAUCAAAUGCAGAAUUUGCAUAUGCAUUGCUGAAUUAGUUUUUUCUUACUAGCAUGGACAUUAAAUGUUUGUACGUGGCACAACUUACUUCUUUUGUCAUUGAGGUAAUUAUUGUGUUUAUUAUUGAUAUACCUCCAUAUAUCUUCAACCAAAUGACCAUCUAGUGCACAAUUAAUCCCAUUAAAAGUAUAUGUAUGCUAAAUAUCCUGGUGUCUGUUUUGAUUCUGGUCAUAGUAGUUUAUGACCAGAGUGGAUCAACAUUCAGUACACGUUCAGGAUGAUCAGCUCGUCAGUUCAGUGAACGAAUCACGUUUCCUGUUUUUAAGAAAACAAUAUUUCAAAGGUCUGUGUGGCUUUCUACAUUCUUUUUGUCCUACAAAAUAAUAAAAUAACUUGGCUCUGU